AUGUUGUGGGCAAAACUUAAAGCUGCGAAAUUCAAAAGAUCUGAUGUAGAUGAUGAAAAUGGAGUGAGAGAAGCACGUAAAAGCUUGAAUGUUAAUGAGGAAUAUCUCAGUGCAUUAAGAACAAAAUCGUAUGCAGAAUUCUUCUCAAAAGCUAAAUUACUUGUCAACAACGAACCCUCUUCUCCAUCUUAUUGCGAUCAAAAGUUUUCAGAAAUCCUCCUCGAACCCGACCAGGACACGAUCCCUAGCCUUCUUGAAUCGGCUGUUCUUUCAAAACUGCCGGAGCUCAAAGGCCUCAUGCUUAAUUACUUCGACAUAAGCGCCGAAGCUUCAACAAUUUGUACCCAUCUCCUCAAGAACAUCAGCCAUAUCCAAUGCGAAUAUCGGUUAAUUCAAGGGGCACUUGACGCCAUCGAAGAAUAUUGUUACUCUCCGGUGAAAGUCGAUUCGAUCGUCUCCAAGCUGAACUCGUUCAUAAUACUAAACAAUCCGUUUUCCAAUCCGGGUAAAAGCGAUUUCAAUCUUAUUCACGAGAAGUACUCCUCGGUGUUGCACCAUUUGAAGUCGAAAAGAAAGAAGAUUACUAGAAAAAUUAAGCUGAUCAAGUUCGCAAAUAAAGCCACCGGGAUUUGCAUAACUGCUGCUUGUAGCUUAAUCGCUGUCACUGCAGUUGUUCUCGCGGCGCAUACUCUUACUGCACUCCUCAUGGGGCCGGUGCUUUUCAGCUUCCCAGCAAAGUGCUUCCGGAAAAAGCUCUUCAGCUUCAGAUUCUUGAGGAGUGGAUUCCUGAAGAAAGUUCAAGAGCAACUCGAUGUGGCGGCCAAAGGGACUUAUAUUUUGAACAGGGAUUUCGACACGAUGGGGAGACUUGUUGCGAGGCUUCAGGAUGAAAUUGAACACAAUAAGGCGAUGGUUCAGUUCUGUUUGGAUAGAAAGGAAGAUAAAUUUUGUCCGCAUUUGGUGAAGGAAAUCAAGAAGAGCAAUGUUGGAUUUCAGAAACGAGUUGAAGAGCUUGAAGAACAUGUUUAUUUGUGCCUUGUUACAAUCAAUCGGGCGAGGGUUCUUGUCGUUAAGGAAAUGAUGAUAAGUAAUUCAUCCAUCUCUUGUGAGAAAAAUUGA